AUGGUUAGACCUCUUUACUUAGUAGUAUCAUUAGCUCGGCUUGCUGCCGAGUCAAGCUCCAAGCUACCCGACACUAGGGCCCUUGUGGAAGACUUUGCUAUCGCCUUCAAGAACGUCGUGAAGGAGAUGAAUGAGGUGAGCUCCUCUGUGAGGAAUGCUACCAUUACUGGUGUGGUCGAUGAGUUGGGUGGGCUAUUGGCCAUGCUAGAGGUGCUAGCCAACCAGACACUUAACAAUUGGCUAGCCCAUGACAUAGACGAGGAGACAAGGGUAUUGUACACAGGCAUUGAGGACUUCGUCAAGUCCUUGGACAAUGUUACUCUACCACAACCAGUACGCGAUGUUGAACAUUACCUAGGAGAGGAGUCGCUACCUGUCCCGACAGUGCCUUUCCUCCCAGUUGGGGAAGCUACGCCUACCACACGUCGACCCGCCAUCGCUAAUACUACUGCUAAUAAUGGAACGCAGUCUCCGGCUACUGGUAAUCAAACCAAUACUCCUACCAAGGGUGGAUACAAGAUACCCCCUAUACCAAAGGACAUAUUCGAUAGACCUCGGGUAGGAGGUAAAGACAGCCCUCUCUUCGAUGACUCAAGGCCACGGUAA